AUAGUAUCGAUAGUAAUUUCAUCAACAAAAAUUUUGCAUCUAUGUGAUGAGCAGUGUAGCCAACAUGUAAUGUUAUCAAAAUUGUUUUCAUUGAACAGUUUUAUUCUGCGACUCAAAAUUGUGAUAUAAAGCACAAGAUGAACCAAGUUCCAGACAGGUGGCUGGCGUACUCUCCUGUUGGGCAGCAGAUAUCUGGUACAAGAUUCAUAGCCUUCAAAGUUCCUCUGAAAGAGGCGAUAUGCAAGAGGCUGAAGUCUGACGAAUGGUUCACGCCAGCUAUGCUACGAGAAAGCUGUCCAAGAUUGGCGUUAGUCGUCGACCUCACCAACACGAAACGUUACUACAACAGACAGGAAUUCGAUGACCACGGCAUCCGUUACCGGAAGAUCAUGUGUCCCGGUAAAAUCGUGCCUCCUGCCGACUUGGUUGAUAGGUUCUUUGAAAUAGUGGACACAUUUCUGGAACAAAAUGAUGAAGCAGACUCUCUGAUCGGCGUUCAUUGCACUCACGGACUCAACAGAACUGCAUAUUUCGUCUGCAGUUAUAUGAUACGUCGCAUGGGGUUCAAACCAGAAGCAGCCAUAUCAGCGUUCGAGGACGCACGCGGCCACGCCAUCGAGCGGCUGGAGUACCUGGAGGCGCUGUCUGUGGGCGCCGGGCUGCCGCCCGCCGCGGCCAGGUCGGCGCUGCUGCUGCCGCCCCCGCAGCCCGCCUCGGCGGCGCCGCCCCUCGUCUUCGCAGCCCCGCCGCCGACGGUGCUGCCGCCGCACGCCGCCGCCUGCAACGGCUACGCUCCCCGAUUCAACGGCGCCCGACCCGCCCGCCCGUCGUUUGGGAGGGGGAAGGAUUCACAGUACGGCGCGCCAUUCGGCAGGAGGCCCAGCAGCUACCAGCAGUCGCCACUGGGCGACCUGUACGGAGAGGAGCCGGCUUGCGCGGGGCGCGGUUACGGCGGCCGCUGGAACUCCUCCUUCGGCGUCGGCGGCGCCUGGCAACCGAGGGGCGACUACGUGAGGGACGAGAAGCGGCCCAGAGCCGAACGCGAGGACAGGGAGAGGGGGCGAGACCAGGACUGGGAGAGGCUCCGGGGUCGGGACCGGGACCGGGACCGGGAUAGGGAUAGGGACCAGAAAAGGGACAGGGACAGGCGCAGGAGCGACUACGACGGCAGGCCCGCGAGGCGGCACGAGCGCAGCGACAGGCACCGGCAGCCCCGCGGCCCCGAGGAGGGCCGGUGACCUGCUGCCAGGCCGGACCGCGGCGUUGCGCCGCGCCCCACCACCUGCCUCCUCUCUUGUAAAUAGCAGCGUGAAAGUGUCUCCAACAUGUUCGUAAAUUAGUUUCUCGUUUGCAACUUCACUUCGGAGGUAAUUUUUUAUUUUUCGCAUCAACUUCACCAUAUGUAGAGCGACGUCACCUGAGGCUGGAGCAGAAAGAAAGUAAAUCAAUCGUACCUACUCACAUUUCUUACGUUUUCCUUUGGGCCUGUUUCCCAAUACAUAUAUUUGCAGUUCGUUUGCUGCUUUGCGUACUCAUCUAGUUUUAUACUUCACCAUCGGCACUUAUAGACGAAACUUGUAUUAUUUGUCAGCUUAAGUAGUAGAGCAAUAGGGAAUCUCAAGAGUGCAUCACAGCAGUUUUCAUUUGUUGCUGGUAUUAAACAUUCUUUCUUUGGAUUUUGGUUAAGAUUCUUUUAAUACAUAACUGUAUGUGGAACUUACAGUGGAAGAGAUUUGUAUGGACUGCUGAAUGAAUAAAUGGCCUAGCUUGCAA